CAGAUAAUGCCAUAUUCUCAUGAUGUCAGUUCUAUAUUUCAAAAUUAGGUUAUGUGCAUAUAAAAAACUUCAUCAUCUCCAUCUGUUUCAGAAAAUCAGAAGAAAUGUGUCUACCUGCUAUUGAUCAUCGACCUUCUGAUCAAUGUGAUAACUACAGCAGUACUCACAAAGGAAUUACAAAUAUCUCAGGAUGUACUACAAAUAUAUCAUGGGAACACUGGGAGAAUGGACAGACGGGCGUGGAUAAAGGAGAAUUUAAUUACAGUGCACAUAACUUUCCAAAUGAAAUUUGGAUAGUACGGGAGAACUGGGAAAUUGCAGUGAAGAUUCUUUUUGUCAUCCCAAUAGUGAUUUUUGGCAUUAUAGGGAAUGUUGCAAUCAUUAAUAUUGUUAUGAGAAAUACAUUUCUGCACUCACCAACUAACAUGUUAUUGGCAAACAUGGCUGCUGCAGAUGCUCUUACACUUCUUAUUUGCCCACCUAUGUUCCUUGUGUCAGAUUUAUUCCAAAACUAUGUUCUUGGUAAAGGUGGCUGUAAAACUGAAGGCUUCUUUUCAUGUGCAUUUCUACUAACAGCUGUUUUGAAUCUUUGUGUUGUGAGUUAUGACCGCCUCACAGCAAUUACAUUGCCACCAGAAGCAAAAUUAACUCACAAUGCAACAAAAGUUAUCAUGGCAGUCACCUGGGCAUCUGGAUUCUUGAUAGCACUACCUCUCAUAAUUUUCAGAAACUAUAAGGAACGCCAAUGGAAGAACUUCCAUGAGCAGUACUGCACUGAAGACACUACAGUGCUUCCUGUUUAUUGGUAUAUCAUACUAAUAUUACUGGUAUGGUUUCCACUGAGUGUAACUACAAUGUCAUACACAACUAUAUUUUUGAAGCUUGAUUACUAUGAGAAAAAACUACAGAGAACACAUCAAAAAGUAUUUGUCAGCUACAAAACAAAAGUAGCUCGAACCAUGUUCAUUAUUUUAGUAGUCUUUGUGAUAUGCAGAGGUCCUUACACUGCUCUUAUAUUUGAAAGAUAUGUUUGGCAAGCACUAAGUCAAAUGAAUCAAGUGACAGAGAGUUUUCACGAGUUCUGGUUUGCAGCAAAAUAUUUUCUGUAUGUCAAUGCUGCUAUCAAUCCACUGAUAUACGGAUUCACAAAUGAAAGCUUCCGCCGGGCAUUCCGCACUUUACCGGUGUCCAGAUGGGUUUUUGGUAACAGUAAUAUCUUAAUGUCUCCUUUACGGGAGGAAAAACAACGGCACUCCCCAACUCCAGCUCCCAAAGAAACUAAGCACAAAACAAAGAAGAAGAAAAGUAAGAAAGAAGAAUAUGAACAGCGGCAAUGGUUUGUUGAACCAAAACGUUUACACUUAAGUACACUCACUACACAGUUAUAUAUGUGACUUAGUCCAUCGCUCAGUCACAAUUAUCAACCGUUUCUAUUUUUUGUUUUCAGAUAAGCAAUUAUGGAAAAUCCAGAAUAUAAGAUAAUGUGUAUAAAACAGCAAAUUGCUAUAGAGGAGAUGCUGAGGUGCAGACACACAUAAGGACAGGAAAUUGCUUUAAUUUCAAAAAGAAAAGACACACACACACAUACACACACACACACACACACACACACACACACACAUGGAUCCAAAAGCUGAACAUCCUUUUCUUCACUACUAUCAGCUGUGCAGUAUCUCCUCUGUUUUUAAGUAGCAAUCUGUCCUAUCAUACAUAUAAAAUAUUUAAAAAAAUUAUGUAUCAUUGUCAGUAACAACCAGGUUGCUCUGGAAGAGACUGUCAUUUGUCUCAUAUGUAAUGAAAGAAAAGUGAUGAAAGCUGUCAAUACAAUUGCUCUUCCAUAUGAUAUCUCAGUGUAAUAAUCAUUAUGAAUGUUAUUUGGAGAUUUAACACAGAAAAUGGAGUUCAGAUACAUACACCUGAUAUUUAAUCUAUCAUGAAAUUACUGUUUUGAGUAACUGAUGUGGAACUAUAAAGUAGAACUUCUGUUGCACCCAC